UCGCGCUAUUGAUCGUUGCCGCGUCACGAAGGGAGAUAAAAAUAAUGUAAAACACUGCGAAAAGGGGGACACGGUGGUGAAUAAUUACAUUAUCAGAAAAGGUCUGCAAGAACCAGCCAUCCAAUAUCCUCAGGUGCCUUCCUGUGACACGGGUCAAAAUGGACACUGAAAAGUCAGAGUCAGACAGUCCUGAUGGAAUUUCAGACUCUGGCAGUGACUACGAGGUCACACUGAAGUCCUCAAAACGCAGAAAGCAUGUCAGAGAACCAAGUGUGAAACUGCCACCCAAGAGACCCAAGCGUAAUCCUUCAUUGAGGGUGACAUCCAGGCCUAGUAAUAGCCCCAUCCCCACACAUCCGGACCCCUCAGUGCAGCAGCAGCCACCCUCCCAUGGGACAUCCCGGCAGGUCUCCCCUAGACCCGCGAGGAGCCUGAACAAGGGGAGCCAGGGUAUCAGUGCAAAGGACAUCUACGACGCUGUCUGCUCUGGAAAGAGUGCCAUGGUGACGGUGGUGGACGAGUGGCUGGACAGCUACAAGCAGGACCGAGAGGAGGGCCUUCUGGUCCUCAUCAACUUCAUUGUGAAGUCCUGCGGAUGUGGAGGUGUUGUUAGCAGAGAGAUGUUGGACAGCAUGCAGAAUGCAGAGAUCAUCAGCACACUAACCAAAGAGUUCAAUGAGGAUUCAGUGAGGUACCCUUUAUGCGCUCCAGGUCCCCAGCUGAGGCAUUUCAGGGCUGGGCUGUGUGAGUUCGCUAGGGUUCUAGUGCGCUCCUGUCAGAAUAAUCUCAUCUAUGAUGAAUUCCUCUUCCCGUCCCUGCUGGCGCUGCUCACUGGCCUGUCCGACUCUCAGGUCCGAGCCUUCAGGCACACUAGUACCCUUCUUGCCAUGAAGUUGAUGACGGGGUUAGUAGAAGUGGCUGUGGUUGGGUCGGUUCGGCUACAGACCACCCAGCGACGGUACGACGUGGAGACCAGGGCGCAUGACAGAUCCUCUGAUAGACUGGCUGAGCUUCAGGCCACCAUCAAUGAGUUGCGAGAGAACAGUGAAGAGCUCUCCUCCAUGAUGAACGCAACUUUCCGUGGUGUGUUUGUGCACCGUUAUCGGGACAGACUCCCUGAGAUCCGGGCAGCAUGCAUUGAGGAGUUGGGCCUUUGGCUGAGAAAGGACCCCGAGAACUUCCUAAACGAUGGAUGUCUGAAAUACCUGGGAUGGACCCUGCAUGACAAACAAAGUCCAGUGCGUCUACAGUGUGUACGUGCCCUGCAGCAUCUGUACCAGGAGAAGGAAUUCAUUGGCCGCCUGGAGCUUUUCACCAGCAGAUUUAAAGAAAGGAUUCUCAGCAUGGUGCUGGACAAGGACCCAGACGUGGCAGUGGAAGUGGUCAAUCUCUUGCUGCUGAUUCAACAGUGGACAGAGGAAGGUCUGAAAGAGGAUGAGUGUGGCCACAUCUAUCCCCUGGUUUACGCCUCACACCGAGGCCUGUCGUCUGCAGCCGGUGCCUUCCUCUACAACAAGCUGAAAAGUGUGAUUCCCAGUGAAAACCAGGAGAAUCAAAAAAGCAAGAAUGCAGCCUUUGUUCAAAUCCUCAUCGCCUUCUACAUCCAGAGUGAGUUCCAUGAUCAUGGGACGUACCUGGUGGACAGUCUGUGGGCUGUGGCAGGCUCUGAGCUGAGAGACUGGGAGACAAUGACAGAAAUGCUGCUACAGGACACUGGUCUGAUGUAUGAGGAAGAGGGGGCGCUCAUAGAGCUGAUGAUGUGUGCUAUGAGGCAGGCAGCACAUGCAACCCCACCUGUCGGCCGAACCCAAGGCAAAAAGACCCUGAGUAUGAAGGCUAGGAAGAUCCAGGAACAAGACAAGAGACGUAUCACCACACACUUCAUCCCCUUACUGCCACAGCUGCUGGCAAAGUACUCAGCAGAUGCAGAGAAGAUGACGCUGCUUCUCAAAGCUCCCCUCUACUUCCAGUUAGAGAUGUACAGCAGUGCUAAGUGGCUGGAAAAGCACCUGGACCUGCUGCUGUCCCAGAUAUGUAGGAUCAUAGAGAAGCACACCGAGGUCACUGUGCUGGAAGCUUGUGCCCAUCUGGCCAGCACUCUCUGCUCUGACUGUUACACCUUUUCCUCCCGUGUACACCUGGCAUUCAGCCAGCUGUUGGAUCAUCUGACCGAAUGUUUCUGCACCAACUUAAACGACAUGCUGCAGGGUACUGCUGAUGAGGGUGACACAUAUUGUGCAGCCAUCGCCUUGAAGAGGAUUGCGGCUUUGAGCAGUGCUAAAGACCUGACUGGCUGGAAGCUGUUUCACCCCUGCCUUAAGUUACUGAAGAGCAGGAUUGAGUCCAGGGAGUUUAACGAGGAGCUCAUGGUGUCGGCUCUGAAGUGUGCAGCCUUUCACCUGAUGUGGGCCAAAGUGAAUGUGGUCAACUCCAAGCCCCCCGAGGAGGAACUGAGACGCCUGAGGAAGGAGGUGCGUUCGUUCUGCAGCGUCUGUCAGACAUGUUUGGCUCUGAACCUGGCUGAGGUCAGAGAUCAGGCGUUUUUGCAGCUGUGUGACUUGCUGCUGUUGUACAGCGUGACUUCGGUCCGCUCCGAACCCGCCCUCCAAGCACUCGUCCACUUGCCAUCUGAUGCGCUGCGUUCUGAGCUGGCUGCUUUCCUUAUAGACUACGUCUUCACUGAUGCUGACGAUGCCGAGCUCAAUGAUGAGGAUGAGGAGGAGAAGAAGAUCACUAAUCUCCAGAAGAAGCGCAACCAGCUGGCAGGCUACUGUAAGCUGAUCGUCUACGGGGUGCUGGACCUCACGGCCGCCACUGAUGUCUUCAAGCACUACAGCAAGUACUUUAAAGACUUUGGGGAUAUCAUUAAGGAGACAGUGAGCAAGACCAAGCUCAUCAACCCCAUCCAGAGCGCCAAGACUCUCUGUCUGAGUCUGCAGCAGAUGUUCUCAGAGAUGGUUAUCGAGGAGCGCGGCAAACAGGAUCUCAGUGAGAUUAGAGACUUGGCCAAGAGGCUCGCUAUGAGCUUUGGCAUCGAUCUCCAUCGCGUCCGCAAACCACUGGUGGCCCUGCACAUGGACGGUAUACGUUUUGGAUUGCGAGCGUUGGAGGAGGGAGAGGAGCAGCAUCCAAAUGUGGCCUUCUUCGAGAUCCUCAGCGAGUUCAGUUUCAAGCUGCUGCAACAGGACCGCAUCGAACUAGUUGCUUUUCUGAAAUCAGAGUGUCCCGAUGCUGCCCUCUCCUGGCCACCAGUCGGACUCUACCAUCGCUCUUUGCUGUCUCGCUCCACCUCCAGGUUCAGAGAGCAGGAGGUGGAAGAUGAUGCUUUAUCCCCACCUGAUACUCCUGUAGCAAAACGCAAGAAGACUACAGCUCAGGGCUCGGUGUCCAGCACCACUAGAGGAUCUUGGCUGGAAAAUAGCAGCAUCCCCAGCAGCCUGUACACACCUGCCAUCACCUCCACCAUCCAGAAACAGCCAGCCAAGCAGCUGGCCUCCAAGAAACCCAGAGCCACAGAGUCUGAUGUUGGCAGCGUCCUAACUGAGCUGGAGUCAGAAGAGGAGUUCUCCCCGGGGUCACAGAUGCGAAAGGUGAAGCCGACCAAACGACUCUCGCUCUCUUCCAGCAAGACUGUGGCCGGCAAGGAGCAGCAGGACCUCAACUCCAACCUCAACUUGCUUUCUCUGAUUGAAGACGAAGAUUCAGAAAGAGAGGAGCCUGAGAUUGAAGAUUACGAAAGUGAACCUGACAGUGAAUCUGCAUAUACACUGCCCUCCACUCGUCACACCUCAGCCAGUAUCCUCGACGAGCUGUUUGACUGAGGACAGUCCGGGGGCAUCUCUUCAACAGUUUUGCAUUUUCAGUGGUUUCACACUUUGGAUGCGAUCAGUAUUAGAGACAUCUUUUAAUCUGAACUGAGUUCACCUUUCAGAUGUGUUUCAAUCUCUAAUUUUGUUGAUUAUGAAGUCUGGAGACAAAAGUUGUUCUAAUUCAAUAUGAAAAAUGUUCUAAAAAAUAUAACAAAUGUUCACAAAUAAAUGUUGUGUUGCACUUUAGUUAGAUCACUGUUAGAUGAAAGUAUUUUCUGCUUUCCACGUUUUGUAUUUCAUCACAUAUUGCACUUGUUGGUGACGGCUCUUUUGAUUUGUUCUGAACACUUGUUUGUUUAAUGUUUAUUAAAAACUAUAUUCACAGGACAAA